AUGACUUCUUAUCUAAAAAAAUAUGCUACUGCAAUCAUAUCGGCUAAACAUUAUGUUGCACAAUGGUCAACAGAUCAUCUGUAUGCUGAUCAAGUACUUAUUGUACCAUUUCCAACUUUAGCUAUGUAUGAUUCAGAGAAAAAGAUUUGGUCAAUACAUAUCAAAGCUUGGUUAUAUGUACCAUUUCAAGGUAAAAAUCUUAAAAGUUAUUUACCAUCUUUACCAAGUUUUUUACGUGGUAAAACUGAUGAAACAAAAAAAGAAGACGAAGUUAUAGAUGAAGAUAAUAAAAAAGUUGAUACAGAAAAAAAACAAACAGCUGCCAUUGCUAUUAAAGAGAAUAAUAAAGUAAAAGAACAAGAAUCACUAGAUGAAGAUGAUAAUGAAGAUGAUGAAAAUUAUGAAGAUGCAUUGGAAGAUGAAUUCAAUGAAUCAAAUGAAAAUCCUGGUCGUUUAGGUUUAUUUUUUGUUGGUAAUUCUGUUAAAGUUGCAACUAAAUCAAUUAUCAAUGGUGUUGAACAUUUACUUCAACCAUCUGAUGAAAGUGGUUUUAUUGAACAACAACUUGAUUUAUCGGUUGGUGAUAUUGAAAAACUUGGUACAAAAAUUCAUCCUGACUCGGAUGAUAAAAAAUUUGAAUAUGAAAUUGAACUAAAUGAAUCGAAAACAGAUGAAAGUUCACCUAAUUGCAAACCAUUCAAAUGUACUAUAUAUGUUCUUGCUUCUCAUGGUGUUAGUAUUAUAUCAGAUAUUGAUGAUACAAUAAAAGUCUCCAAUGUUCUUAAGACACGAUCGUUAUUAAAACAUACAUUUUAUAGUUAUUUUAAACCUGUUGAUGGUAUGAGUGAGUUGUAUCAAAAAUGGAGUGAACAAAAAUGUCAAUUUCAUUAUGUUAGUGCAAGUCCAUGGCAAUUAUAUCCAGCACUUCGUUGUUUUCUAGAAAAAUAUAAAUAUCCCAUGGGUACAAUGAAUUUAAGAAAAUUUGCAUGGAGUUUAAAAUUUCUUAAAGCACCUGAUGAAUAUAAAAUAGAAACAAUUACACCAAUUAUUCAUGCUUAUCCUGAAAGAAAAUAUAUUUUGGUUGGAGAUUCAGGCGAACUUGAUCCAGAAAUAUAUUCUAAACUAUAUAGUACAUUUCCACAAAAUAUUGCUCAUAUAUUUAUUCGUGAUAUUUGUCGAACACCAGAAUGUCUACUAACAUGUCACGAACGAUAUAUAAAAACAUUUGAAAAUGUACCACAUGAACGAUAUACUAUUUUUAAAGAUCCAAAAGAAAUUGAAACAUCUAUCGAAAAAUUAAUUUCCACAUAA